CUUGACUUGAAGGGCUAUCUGGAAUUUCGACACGUUUUCCAAUCCUCACCGCCGCCGAUGAUGAUGGUCAGGUUCAAAACUCUUCUCAGUCUGUCUAGGUGUGCACCGUACUUGAUAGUGGUGUCUAUCUGGAAAUUCGAUGCACGACAUAAAGCCACCCUCACCGCCUGACCUUUUAAAGCAAGGAUAAUUUCGGGGCUUGACAAUCCGACCCCGACUCACGGUAUUGAACCUCCGUUUCUUUUUACGAGUUCUCCAUCCAACAUAUCGGUGUAGCAUCUAACCCCACCGACACAGAAUAUUAUAAAAGACCACUAACUAGCCAGCCAGUGAUUCUACAUCCAAACAUGUUCGCUCGUGCUCUCGUCUUCCUUGCUAUCGCUCUCAGCGUGUAUGCGCAGUGUGUUGCGAAUUAUACAGUCGUCGCUGGUGAUACCCUCACGAGUAUCGCCGCCAGGCAAGGGGUCACCGUCGCUAAGAUAUUGGCUGCGAAUCCCCAGAUCUCCAACUCCAAUACUUUGACGGUGGGCCAGGCAAGUCACGGUGAUGGUAUUUGAUCUGCACAGACAGCUCAGGGUGGUGACAGGUGAUCUGUAUCCCCAGCUAAAUGUUCCCAUCGUGAUGUGUGUCCGAUUCGGAGCAGGAAGAAAGGGUGUGAUGGAUAGCUAGUCUUGG